UGUCUUUUUCCUUCCUUCUGGACUUCAGGUGAUGUGCUCCCUGUUCUCAUGAAUCCUUGCUCACUGCCACAGUCUCUUCCUCUGGCAGAAGAAAUCUGCAGUGCCAUAUCAGACAUGAAUGCAGAUCAAAUGAUGGUCACGCAGAAAACUUUGGUGGAGCAGUUAGUGAAAAGUUAUCCAGGCAUUGCAGUUCCCUCCCACAAAAUCUUAUACAAUAUCCUUGGUGCUCUAAUUAAAGAAAGGAAAAUCUAUCAUACAGAAAACGGAUACUUCAUCGUCACCCCUAACACCUACUUCAUUGCAAAUGAUGCCCCAGAAGACAAUAAAAGAGUCCUGCUGGAGGACAGUUGCUGCUCCUUGUCUUCCAUCAGUUACCUUGUAAAUGCUGAGAGCUGUGCAGACCCAGCAAAAGAAAACAUUCCUACAGUAUCCUGUUACAGAUCCUGCCAUUGUUUCUCUGACCAGAAUAUGCUCACUGACCAAAGAUAUCAGCAACUAAUGAACCUUGAAGCUAACAGGGGAGGUAAGAAAGGCUGCAGUGAGUUGAAGCCUUCAAUUCAAACUCAAGUGAUCUCAGCAUCUGCUGAAAACCACUCCUGGGACACCAUCAAAUCCCUGACAUCAGUCAAAGAGAAACUGAAAUGCAAAAAAUUUGGCCUUGGCCUUUUCUGGAGAGGUACUUCCAAAAAAGAGAAACAGAAGAAGGAGUUUUCUACUUUUUCAGCCCAGUUUCCUCCCAAGGAAUGGCCAGUCCGAGAUGAAGACAACUUAGAUAAUAUGCCACGUGAUAUUGAACAUGAAAUCAUCAAGCGUAUUAACCCUACUCUCACGGUUGAUAAUUUGAUUAAGCACACAAAAUUAAUGCAAAAGUUUGAGGAGAGGAAGAAAAGUAUUAGUGAAGGUAUCUCUGCUGAAGCGUUAACCCUCAGGCAAAAGCAUCUUUCAAAGGAGUGUGUUCCAAAGACACAAAUUAGAACAGCAAAACACUGCAGGAAAACCAAAUCAGACAAAGAGAAGCAAAUUAGCAGAAGCAACAGGAAAUCUCACAUGCCUGAGCUAACAUCCCCAAACCAGAAACUGGAAGAGAACAUUUCGCUGUCUACCAUGACCCACCAGCCGCUGGAUGUAGCAGUGGAAUCCCACGUCAUAUAUAAAAAACAGAUCAAGAACCCUUUUCAGGGUCUCUCAUGGAGACACAACGUUUAUUCCAAAGGGUACAGAGGUCGUGUUAACAGUCAGCUGAAGCCCAGGACUCAAAAGCAGGAGAGCGGUUCGCAAAGGCCACAUUUCUUGGACUCCUCAAAAGCCUUUGAAUAUGAAACUGAACAUCCAGUUUCUGAAAUGCAGGCUGACAAUGUUAAGCAAAGCAAAUUUCUUCAAGGUAAUAGGUCCUCCGUCCAACUAAAGAAGGACAGUUUAAGUGAAAACUGUAGUUAUCCACAAAGCAGUACUUUGCGGAUAGAUGAUAAAAGUAAAUACUUUGUGGAGAGUGUUAUUUCUGAAGACAACGUCCACAGAGGAACAGUCGAAAGAAAUCAUGGGGAUAUUCAAAAAUCCCCCCACUCUUCUGCUGGGGAUAACGGUACGUGCAAAGAAGCAGCAAAACAUUCAUUACAUCUGAAAGAAAGCCAUUGCAGGUACAAAGCUGACACUGUAUGCGAGUUAUUAGAUCAAACAGCAAAUGAGUUUCGGAAUGUCAGUCUUUCACAUUAUACAACCAAUGUUAGCCGGGUAAAAGAAUUUGGUGUGAAACACAGACAGAAGACUGACGAAAAGAAUGACCUUAUAUUUAAAUAUGUCUGCGCCAGCCAUCCUGGAUCAAUGAAGGUGGAAAGUGAAGGAUUUACUGAUAAAGGUCAUCUUCCGUACCAGAAAGCGCAUCCUUGUGACACUGGUAGUUUGUUGCAUCUGGGUGACAAUUCUGAAUGCAAUGAACCAUGUCAUUUGGUUCCUGGCUGUGCAUCUUCAGGUACAACGGACUGGAAUAAAGCUGUGCAAAAGAUGGGGACAGCUCUAAAAAACUCCAAGGUUAAUAUUUGUUCAAUGCAAUACAAUACAACUGUAAAUAAACAUGGUUCUGGAGACCAUGGAUAUAAGGGAUGUGCUGGUUUUGCAGAAUCAAUUGAUGGCUCAAAACAGCAUCAAAACCCAGAUUUUACAGUAGAAAGUUGUUUGUGCAGUCAGGUUCUUCCGACAGUUUACAGAGAGGAAGAUGAAACUGGCCUUACUGAACAUGUGAAGGCUUCAGCUGUAGCCGAUUUCUGCAGCACCAAUGAGGAUGACUCUUUGUGUGAGACAGGAGAAGCAGUGUUGAGCCGUGCUUUGGGCCCACAAACCAAAGAAACAAGAAACCCUCUGGUAAAGAAAGGUCUGUUUUUUAAGAAUGCAUGUACUGUGCUAUCAGGACAGAAUCACACAGAGGGGACAGAAAACCACAGCAUAACAGGAGACAGUGGAAUUGACUCCCCAAGAUGGACUGAAAAGAAGAUGAAGCUUCCUGCCAAAUCCUAA